AUGGCGGUCAGUGAUCUUAUUGCAGCUCUCUUUGCGUUUCCAAGCAACAUAGUAAUGAUAAACUUUGACAACCAAUGGCUGAUUGGUGGGGUCAUUGGUAAUGCACUGUGCAAGCUARCUCCAWUURCARUAGACAUGUCUUUCGUUGUUUCUACUUAUAGCUGUGUUGGCAUUGCCAUUGACCGGUAUUUUGCCGUAGCCUAUCCAUUCAAGAGACCUUUCGAGGACAAGAUGAAAAAGGUCAUUGUAGUAAUUUGGAUUGUUGCAGCCGUAAUCUGUUCGCCAAGCUUGCACUUUUUCACCACACUUCAAUUUGGCAACGCAUUGUAUUGUACUGUGUCUAACAAGGACAAGUCAUCAUUCUUUUCUUACUAUUAUACAUCGCAAGGUUUGGCCAGUAUUUUGCCAGUGCUGUUCAUGACAAUCACCUACACUCUCACCAUCUGCAAACUUUAUCAUCGUCAAGUACCAGGAUUGUUAACAUCAGAACAACGAAGAAGAAAGCAGCAGAAUAAAAAAGUGUUAAAACAUGCUGUGACAAUUGUGGUUUUGCUUUAUCUUUGUCGCGGGUUUUGGUUCACUUUUGUCAUGUGGCUUUAUCAAGGAAAGUUGGGCCAUCUCUCGGUCUCAUCAUAUAAUAAUUUUGAGCAUGCCUCACUUUUCAUUUUAUACCUCAGUCUCGUGUAUAACUUCUUCAUCUACCUCAUCUUCAAUGAUAUUUACCGUGAGAAUAUCAAAGCUCUGAUACCCAAGUGUUGCUGUCGAUGUGAUGCUAACAUGAGGCAGGAAAGACCAGGUGGAGGGGAAAUGAUAGAAAUGGACGAACUGAAUUAA